AUGCAUCGUCUUUUUGCUAAGCUGGAGCAAUUUUUAACCGUCACAGAGCAAAACCUGGCAGACCGAGUUCGGUAUAUCUUGCGCUCAAAUAUAUUUGAUGUCACCGAACUCGAACGGCUACGACGUGAGGCUGUUCCCUCAUCGGAUGAAAAUGCUACGGCUGAGGAUGCGGCGCCACAAAUCGUAGAGCAACCCGAAAACGUUGAUGCCUCCGUGAAUACCCCAGUUGUAGUUGAUUCAAACGAUGAUGGAACAGUCGCCCAGGAACUGGAAUUAGAGCAUAUGAGGAGUACAUUGGAAGAGGCGAUUGUGGAAACGUGCAGUACGCCUCUCGAAAAUCGACCGCGACUUCCCCGCAUAGCCCUAAGCAAGCGGAAUCGGGCUGUCGUGAGGGCUCUGAACCCAAUGCUGGUGACCUAUUUGGAAGCCAGCUGA